GGCGCAGUGUCCGUUGCAGCAGGUGCAGCGAGCAGUGCAGCCAGCGAGUCUCCUUUCUCUCCGACCUCAACUCUAUCUGCAGCACACGUCAGGCACAAGUCGGCCGCCUCGAAAGACUUAAGCUGCGCUUCACCUACAUCGCCCCAGCGACCCUCUUCUUCUGCCAAAAAACUUCUUUCGUUCCCUUUCAAUAGCAACUCUACAAGCAUGUCCGAUCUAGGCAAACACGCGCAAGCCUUCACAGGCCGCGGCGGCGCUGGCAACUAUGUCAUUAAGAAUCCAAUCCCCGAGGAAAACCUACCAAAACAGUUCUCUCAGAAGCCCGUACAUGGCAACUUCUCCGGUCGUGGCGGCGCUGGUAAUUUUGCUACAAAGGCAGAGAUCCAGAAGGCCCAAGAGCUUGCUGAGCACACUCACCCUGCCGAGCCCAUCACCAAGCCGGCUCCGAUUGUGUACAAAGGUGGUCGCGGCGGCGCUGGCAACAUCGAGGCUGUUCAGUACAAUGACAAGCACCGUGAGGAUCUCGAAAUCGAGGAGCUCAUCAGGACACACAAGGAACUCCAGGCACCAGCCAAGGAGGAGCCUAUCCUCAAGGUCGACUAGAGGCCUUGUUCAGAGGUAUCAAACAACGUAUGUCAGCUGUAUAUGCAAGAGCUUUGUAGAUCAAUCGUCUUCCAUG